AUGGGGCUCGUGAGCAACAAGACCCAACAUGAUAAGGUCGGCGUCCAGACCGUAGACACAAUGCCUGUUCUCUUCUGCCUCAACGGCACUUCUGAACCGUCUGGCACGUUGUUGAUUCAUCUUGGCUCUUGGGGCGACACCAUCGAUUGCCAUGUAGAACACCUUGUGAGGCUUGAUGAUGUUGAACAGAUGGUCGAUAUAGGCAAAAAUAGCCCCAAACAUCUGAUCGUCGGUCAUUCUCAACAGCGAACUGUCAUUCGUAUGCGUACAUGUGUGCAAAAUAGAGUUCAUGUCAAGAUACAAGUUAUCAAACUCUGGGAUUGGAGUGGUUCCGUCAAUUUCGUUGGAUAUCAACGGCCAUCUCUCAGAGAUAAACCGGAAAAACUUCGGGAUACCUGA